AUGUCAUCGUUCUUCUCGAACUACUCAAAAGCAAUCAUGUCUGGACGAGGCAAGGGAGGCAAAGGACUGGGGAAAGGAGGCGCCAAGCGUCACCGUAAAGUUCUCCGUGAUAACAUCCAGGGAAUCACCAAACCCGCCAUCCGUCGUCUGGCUCGCCGCGGCGGAGUGAAGCGUAUCUCCGGCUUGAUCUACGAGGAGACCCGCGGCGUCCUGAAGGUGUUCCUGGAGAAUGUCAUCCGUGAUGCCGUCACUUACACCGAGCACGCCAAGAGGAAGACUGUGACCGCCAUGGAUGUUGUCUACGCCCUGAAGAGGCAGGGACGCACUCUGUACGGUUUCGGAGGCUAAACAUUCCCUUCUAUCUAUCAAUCAAAACGGUCCUUUUCAGGGCCACA